AUGGCGCAAAGGUACGAUGAGCUGGCUCACUACGGAGGCGCCAUGGAUGGAGUCGGGGUCCCGGCCUCCAUGUACGGAGACCCGCACGCCCCUCGGCCACUGCCCCAGGUCCACCACCUGAACCACGGGCCGCCCCCCCACCCGACCCAGCACUACGGAGCCCACGCGCCGCACAACAUCAUGCCCAGCAGCAUGGGCAGCGCCGUGAACGACGCACUGAAGAGAGACAAGGACCAAAUCUACGGACACCCUCUGUUCCCGCUGCUGGCUCUGGUGUUCGAGAAGUGCGAGCUGGCGACCUGCACGCCCCGAGAGCCAGGGGUCGCGGGGGGGGACGUGUGCUCCUCCGACUCCUUCAAUGAAGACAUAGCUGUGUUUGCAAAACAGAUCCGCGCAGAGAAACCUUUAUUCUCUUCGAAUCCAGAGCUGGAUAACUUGAUGAUUCAAGCAAUUCAAGUCUUACGGUUUCAUCUCCUGGAAUUAGAGAAGGUGCAUGAGCUCUGCGAUAACUUCUGCCACCGGUACAUCAGCUGCCUGAAAGGCAAGAUGCCCAUCGACCUGGUCAUAGAGGACCGGGACGUCUGCAAGUCUGACUUUGACGACCUCUCCGGGUCCUCCACCAACCUCGCAGAACAUAACCCAGCGUCCUGGAGAGACAUGGAUGACGCCCACUCCACGCCCUCUGUGGGCACCCCGGGUCCGUCCAGCGGGGGACACGUCUCUCAGAGCGGGGACAACACCAGUGAACUCGGAGACGCCCUCGACAACAGCCUGGCAUCUCCGGGCACGGGAGACGAGGAUGACCAGGACAAGAAGCGGCAGAAGAAACGAGGCAUCUUCCCCAAAGUAGCCACAAAUAUAAUGAGAGCGUGGCUCUUCCAGCACCUUACG